AGGACCAAUAUGAAGCAGGCGCAGCCCGCCCUUUAUAUAGUUUCAGGCGUUUAUUUUAUGCCUGCUAGCCUUUCACUGAUGCACAUGAUUCCGAAGAAGCGAUUGGUCGAGGGCGGUGUCUGUCAGACGGCGAGGGCGUAGCUCUGUAUUUCGCUCACUGUCAGAGCUCGAGGGACUAAACGAAGGGUUCGUUUCCGUUUGUAGGCUGCGGAAACCGAGUUUCACAGAGCUACGCAAGCCGAACAGAGACCGAUUGGAGCUCGAUCCUACGACUGAGAGGAGGAAAUUGGACAGUAUUGAGGAAGACCUUGUAAUCAAAAUACCGUCCAAAUUUACACUAAUAUUACACGUUAAUAGCACUGAAACUCAGUGCCUGUGAAGAUGGGAGAUAAGGCGGGGACCAGAGUCUUCAAGAAGUCCAGCCCCAACUGCAAGCUCACAGUAUACCUGGGGAAGAGAGACUUUGUGGAUCACCUAGACCAUGUAGAUCCAGUGGAUGGAGUGCUACUAAUAGACCCAGAAUACCUAAAAGACAGAAAAGUCUUUGUGACUCUGACCUGUGCGUUCCGAUACGGUAGAGAGGACCUGGACGUUCUGGGCUUGUCCUUUAGGAAAGACCUCUAUAUUUCCACCUUCCAGGCCUUCCCUACCCUCACCACAGAGGAAGGUAAACCCCUCAGCCGGCUGCAGGAACGACUGCUGAAGAAACUCGGCCAGCACGCCCACCCAUUCAGCUUCACUAUCCCUCAGAACCUGCCCUGCUCAGUCACUCUACAGCCAGGACAAGAGGACACAGGGAAGGCCUGUGGAGUAGACUUUGAGGUCAGAGCCUUCUGCGCCACGACUGUAGAGGAGAAGAUACAUAAAAGGAACUCUGUGCGUCUGGUGAUCCGUAAGGUGCAGUAUGCCCCAGAGAAGCCUGGUCCUCAGCCCAUGGUGGAGACAACACGAUCCUUCCUACUGUCAGAUAGAUCCCUACACCUAGAGGCCUCCCUGGAUAAAGAGCUCUACUACCAUGGAGAACCUAUCAGUGUGAAUGUCCAUGCGACCAACAACUCCACCAAAACAGUCAAGAGGUUGAAAAUCUCAGUUCGCCAGUAUGCUGACAUUUGUCUGUUCAGUACGGCUCAGUACAAGUGUCCUGUUGCACAGGAAGAGGCAGAUGACCAGGUGUCCCCCAGCAGUACGUUCUGUAAGGUGUACACCCUGACUCCCACGCUCACCAACAACCGAGAAAAGAGAGGCCUGGCUCUGGACGGCAAGCUGAAGCACGAAGACACCAACCUGGCCUCCAGCACCAUAGUGAAAGAUGUGUCCAAUAAGGAGGUUCUGGGGAUCCUGGUGUCCUACAGAGUCAAGGUCAAACUAGUGGUGUCUCGCGGAGGGGAUGUGUCGGUGGAGCUGCCUUUUGUUCUAAUGCACCCCAAACCCUCUGACCUACCCAUCUCCAGACCUCAAUCAGGUACAGACCAAUGUGUGUUUAAUAGAGACAAAUAUGUAUUAGAAAAGUGUUUUGCGGGAAUAUUUACCUGUUUUGAAAUGUCAUUACUUUCACCCACAGUCGUCCCAGAAACAUAUGCCCCAGUUGGCAGUAACCUGAUAGAGUUUGAGACAAAUAAUUUCUCUCAGGAUGAUGACUUUGUGUUCGAGGACUUUGCCCGUCUGCGGCUGAAAGGAACGAAGGACGAUGAGGAUGACCACUUGUGCUAGCUCUCCCUCCCCCAGGACCAUGCACCUGAACCUGGGGAGAGGUGCUAGGCGAGUCCCUGGUCUCAUGUUGUCUCCAGGCCAGUAGGCUCAACUUCAGAAAGGGAGAGCAGGAGCACUCAUAUAUAUUCUAUUUUUCAUUUCCCCCCCCUUCUACUUCUUCUCCUUCUCCUUCUUCUUCUUCUCUCUUCUUUAUUGUAUAUCUUUGAUUCCAUUUUCCAUUUCUACUCCUUUGUUUUUUCACGCGUUUGUUUGCGAAACAGAGAGAAUGAGAGAUGAAACAGAGAGAUUUAUAGGAGUGUCGAGUCGACAGUCUCUGCUUUAGGAAAUCCUUCUAUAUGUUUUGGAUCCACUCUUUGAUUCAGGGUUGAUGUUAUAUGUUCUAUACGCUCUAUAGGUCCCAGCUUUAUAAGAAGUGGGUAGACAGACAGAUAUACAUUUGUCAUUAUUUACAUGAUUGAAUACUAUGGAACCUAAGGUUGCAAAAUUCCCCAAAUUCCCAGAUUUUCCAAACAUUUUGGUCAGAAGAAUCUGGAUUUCCAACUUAUUCUCUCCUGAUUCUGGGAAUCUUCCAACCAAGAUUUCUGGGAAAACCUGGGAAUUUUGAGGAAAGUUUGGGGAAUUUAGGCAAUCCUCUAUGUAACUGUAAUGUACAGGACUGCGUUGCUGCACAACUACUUAGAGGGAACAUGAGUUUAAUAUUUUAGUUAAUUACAUUGUUAUGACAUAGUUAUAACCAGUUAUUACACUGUAAUUACAUUGUUAUUAUGCUACUAUUAUUACACCUUUACCUUAUCCUUGACACCCAUUAUACCCAAUAUGUAACUCAAUACUUUACCCCUUUAUGGCAAGUGUGAAACGAUUACAUAUCCUCACAGUGAGGGAGUGAGUGUGUAAGUGUAUUGUGUGUGCAGUGCACUUACAGUUAUUGUCACAGGGUGUAAAGUGUACUUACAGUCAGCUACAGUGAGCGUUUUAGUGUAGUGCAGUUACACUAAGGGUGUGAGUGUGAUGCAUUCAGCGUGAGGAUUCAGGUGAUCGUAUGUACAGACAGUGUAUUCUGUUAAGGACUACAUAGGAGACUUCAGGCAGCAAAACCUACACACACACACACACACACACACACACACACACACACACACACACACACACACACACACACACACACAUGCACAGAUACACACACACACACACACACACACACACACAUGCACAGAUACACACACAUACACACACCCACACCGCCUACAUUCAGCGGAUGCCAUGAACACGAUAAAUAGCUAUUCUUUUACGUUCAUGAUUUUUCCAAAAGUCGUUUUCUUGGUAGGUCAGGUGUCAGGAAAGGGGUGGGAGGGAAAUUAAUGGAGAAAAAAACAUUUAUUUUUGUUGUAAUAAUCGGCAGAGAUAUAUAUGUACUUAAAUGUUGCCAUUAUUUGUAUUUUAUUCUUAAGACAUUGUUUUAUUUUUUAUUAUUAAAAAGUCAUAGGUGAUAGGUGAUAUGGACCAACUGCUGUAAAUAUUCGUACGGUUCCGUUCAACUCAACAGCCAAUAGGUGUUCACUAUAGAACACUGCAGUCCAAUGACCGAGCAAAGUUUAUAGGAUAAUCAGUCACAGAAUCCCACGGUUUAUAGGAUAAUCAGUCACAGAAUACCACAGUUUAUAGGAUAAUCGGUCACAGAAUCCCAGUUUAUAGGAUAAUCGGUCACAGAAUCCCACAGUUUAUAGGAUAAUCAGUCACAGAAUCCCACGGUUUAUAGGAUAAUCAGUCACAGAAUUAACAGUUUAUAGGAUAAUCAGUCACAGAAUCCCACGGUUUAUAGGAUAAUCUGUCACAAAAUCCCACAGUUUAUAGGAUAAUCAGUCACAGAAUCCCACAGUUUAUAGGAUAAUCAGUCACAGAAUCCCACAGUUUAUAGGAUAAUCAGUCACAGAAUCCCAGUUUAUAGGAUAAUCAGUCACAGAAUCCCACGGUUUAUAGGAUAAUCAGUCACAGAAUCCCACGGUUUAUAGGAUAAUCGGUCACAGAAUCCCACAGUUUAUAGGAUAAUCAGUCACAGAAUCCCAGUUUAUAGGAUAAUCGGUCACAGAAUCCCACAGUUUAUAGGAUAAUCAGUCACAGAAUCCCAAAUCCAGGUUCUCAAGGACCCCUUAGUAUGCUGGUCUUAGUUCUGAAACUGUUUCAGUUAGUUAACUUACAAUUAUCUAUCAACUUAAUUUAAACAUACCUCAUCAAUUGAAUGUAGUUUCAUAAGUCCACUUUAAAUUUGAUAAAUAAGUUCCGUUUUGAAUUGUAUAGGAAAUCAGAAUAACCAGGAGCCCCUUGGGACAAGGAUAUGGAAAGAUGGGCUAAUACUGUAUAAUCUAGAUUGUAGACACUUCAUAGGCUAUUACAGAGUACGUUGCAGUCAGUUAUGGGAAUACUGUAUGUCUGUAAAGGUGUUUAGGUGCAGAAUGAAGAUAGAUAGGGAGGAUUGAUUGAUCGAUUGACACUUGGCUCAUUUAUCAGAUUGGAAAUCACGGUGUUUGAACAGGUUAUAUAUGUAUAUAACAUAAAAGCGGAAAACUAUCCACCUAAUAUAUCAUUUCAAAGAGGGACAAGCUUCAACUAUGACAAGCCAAGAGGAACAAAUGACUAAGCCAGCAAAUGCAAUGUAACAACACUGAUCACCUCUUCUUAUGAAAAGUGUUGAAUUGAUUGUAGCCGUUGCCAUUUUGGUUCAAUGACAAAAAUGUUUUUUCUUAACAUGAAAUGUGUGGCUUCAUUCAACUUGUGUAAACCCAUCAACAAUUGUCCAUGGUUAAUGAGAUUUAUAUUGAUGGUCACGUUAACAAACAAUGUUGCACAUUAGUUUUUACCCCUUUUAAAUGCACCAGACUGUUACUAACACCCAGAGGAUGACGUCAUAGGCUGAGGUUAUAAACAGGGUGUAAUCAUAGAAAGAGAAUUUCUAGAAUUGACAUCUCCAUUCAAGUCAUGUUUAUUUCCCUUCUUGUAAUUAUAUUUCUAUGGGUGUGAUGAUGUCAAUCAAAACACACUAGUCAUGAAGCUUCACAAUUAGGUUAUAAAGGUUCAUAAGAAGGUAAUAAACGUCAUACUGUGUUCAUGUUAUGAAUGGAUCGACGCAUGGCAUUCUAAAAAUGCAGUGUCUUAAAACACUAUGAACAAUUUAGUGAUAUAGAACUUCCAGAAGCUCUCUUAGGGACCAUGUAAAUGUUACAAUGAGCUAGUUUGUAUUUAAAGUGGCCUCUUAUGAAGCAGUAUGCCUUAUGAACCUUCAUAGCACCCUUAUAAACAGCCAUAAAGGAUGAUGAAACUGUGUAAAAGAAAUAAGGCAUGAAAGGCUGUCAUAUAUUGAUGUCACAGCUAAGGGGCCUCUUGUGCUUGCUUUAAUAUUCAGUUAUAUCAUGUUUUAUGACUGCAUCAUAAGGUGCUAUGAAUGUUUAUAUGGCAUUAUAAGACUUUGCAAGAGACCACUUCAGGUAGUUGUGUUACCAGCUUUUCCUUUGUUUGUUAAUCUGGAUGGUGAUCGUCCUCGUAGUCAAGUGUAGAGAAAAACAAAAAAACUUAAAGUGGAAGUUCAGUAUUUCACAACUUAACCAUGGAUUAGUUUCCCCACAGACUACUUUUAGGUUGAGGAACCAUCUAAAACACUCAGUAAAAUACUGAACUUCUCCUUUAAAAACAAAGAUCUUCUAUAUUUUCUCCCCCUUCCAACUUAGUUGAGGUAUCCAUGGAAAUGGACGGAAUCAUGUUGGUUUGUAGACUAUUGAGUCAAGACUUCUAUUUUAUUUUAAGGACAAUUUUAAGCUACUACAACUAUUACUACUGCUAAAAUUGAGAUUCAUAGAGAACUAUACUUAAACGCUACCUGAUAAUUUAAUAAAUUCCCAGAUAAAGUAAGACAAAGUAUAUUGUUAUUAAGGAAACCAAGAUACUGUAUAAGCAAUAUGUUAUUUUAGUCAAUAAAAUUGAACAAAAUCACAAUGAAAAAAAAAUGUAAAAGGUUUAAAAGCAUUGGAGAAUAUAUGUCGCUUCUUUAUUUUUUACUGCAUUUUAGAAAAUGUACAUUUUUAAAAACAGUUAACAUACAAAA